CACACAAGGCUCUGCAGAGAAGCAGAGAGCUGGGGGAGCCUAUUGCAGCUCUCUCACUAGUCUACAAAAGGUGACUGCAAGGCUUGCUGCUGCCACAUUGCAACCUGGGCUACUCCCCUCCACCUCUGCUUGUCAUCAGGCACUAGAAACCUUCUCUGCUUGCCUUUCUGUAGACUUCACCCUCAGUCUAGUUUACUGAAAGAGCUGUGGAUCACCUUCAGCGCUGCCAUGCAGUCAAUGGCGCUGGUUACUAGAUACUGCUGUUUGGUCCUGGCUGUAACCACAUAUCUUGCUGUGGCAGUCCAAGCAGACUGCAGCAAGGACUGUACUUCUUGUGCUUAUCAUAUGGGACAAGCAACUGAAGUCAACUCUUUGGCCUGCACGUUAGAAUGUGAGGGCAAGCUGCCAACUGCUAAAGCAUGGGGUACCUGCAAAGAGCUUCUCCAAACUGCCAAAGAUAACUCUCAAGAGGCCGACAAAGAACAAGGCAUUGAUACCCAUUUACUUGCCAAAAAGUAUGGAGGUUUUAUGAAAAGAUAUGGUGGCUUCAUGAAAAAGAAAAUGGAUGAGUUGUACCACGUCGAACCAGAAGAGGAAUCCAACGGUGGAGAAAUUCUUGCUAAGAAAUAUGGAGGUUUUAUGAAGAAAGAGUAUGACAGUGAUACUUCAGAUCUCUUGAGAGAGCUUCUGGGCACUGUUGGGGAUCCUGAGUCUGGUCUUUACCGUGACAACAACAGUGAGACGCCAGGAGAGGUCAACAAAAGAUAUGGGGGCUUUAUGAGAGAUUACAGAAGAAGCUCAGACAAUGAAGAUGAAGGAAGAGAAUUACAGAAGCGAUAUGGAGGCUUUAUGAGAAGAGUUGGCCGGCCAGAAUGGUGGCAAGACUACCAGAAAAGAUAUGGAGGUUUCAUGAGGCGCUUUGCAGAUUCUCUUCUCCCUUCAGAUGAAGAUGGUGAAAGCUAUUCCAAAGAAAUUCCAGAAAUGGAUAAGAGAUAUGGAGGAUUUAUGAGAUUUUAACCCUCUUAUCCAAUUAUUGAAAAAGACUGCCUCAUUGACCAUGUCUUAUUGUAAUGUGUUGCCUGCACUGUACAGUUUUUUACUGUCUUAGUUAUCAAUGCAACUUGUAAUCUGUUACACCAACUCUGUGUUCUUUAUAACUCAACCACAGAAUCAGUUUGUCACACUUAAGUUUAUACUGUAGGUAUUACGUUGAAACUAUUUUUGCUACUGUAUUUUUUCUUUUAAACAGAAUACAUCUACCAAUGCUUACUUACUGUAUAUAAAUAAAUUAUUCAUCUU